AUUUAUAGGUUAUGUUUGUAUUUGUCAAAAUCUAAAGUUUACAUUUUCACAGGGACUUUAGUUUAUAAUCAGGGAUAUUAUAUCAUUAAUAUUUCUCGUUUAUUGUACAGUUACUAGUUCAAUUAAUUCAAUAGAACUUUUGUUGAAGCAAAAAUGUCUGAGAGAAAAGUUUUAAAUAAAUACUAUCCUCCGGAUUUCGAUCCCAGUAAAAUUCCUCGUAUGAAAUUACCUAAAAAUAGGCAAUACACAGUGCGAUUGAUGGCUCCUUUCAAUAUGCGAUGUGAGACCUGCGGUGAAUAUAUCUAUAAAGGCAAGAAGUUCAAUGCUCGCAAAGAGGAUGUCGAGAAUGAAGAUUAUCUGGGAAUCAGAAUAUAUCGAUUUUAUAUCAAAUGCACAAGAUGCCUCCAAGAGAUCUCCUUUAAGACAGAUCCCAAAUCAACUGAUUACGUCAUUGAAGCAGGUGCAACAAGGAAUUUCAUGGCCCUUAAACUUGCGGAGGAGCAAGCUCUACGAGAAGAGGAAGAAGCCAAAGAAGAGGAGGCCAAUAAUCCUAUGAAGUUAUUGGAGAAUAGAACGAAACAAUCUAAAAACGAAAUUGAACAGUUGGAAUCUUUAGAGGAAAUUAAAGAUAUGAAUAGAAGACAGGAAGCUAUUGACUACAAUGCAAUGUUAUUACAGUAUGAUAGUAAAUUGACAGAAAGAGAAAGAGAAGAGAAAAUGCAACAGAUGGAUGAAGAAUAUAUUAAGACGAUUACAUUUGGCCAGAGUAAUAAGAGGAAAGUAGUAGUUGAAGAGGAGAUUAUUGAUGAAGAACCUUAUGAAAAAAAUCCUAGAACUGAUGAGAUCGAAUCCAAAGACUUUUCUACAGAUCCAGACCCUAUCGUUAGUUCAUCUACUUCUUCAUUUAAAUGGGAACUUACAAGUAAUGUGAAACCUGUCAAGAAACCUGGACUAGUUUUGGUAAAACCAAAAAAUAAUGAUUCAACCCAAAGAAAAGAUGAAGUUGAGGGAAAAAACGUUGAAAAUAGUAGUAGAACUAUAUUACCUGGAAAUGCUCCGCCAUCUUCAGCAUUAUCAUUAUUAGGAGAAUAUUCUGAUAGUGAAGAAAGUGACAACUGAAAUAUUUUCAUAUGUAUUUUUUGUAUAUAGUAAAUUCAGAAUUUUGCUCAUAAAUUUUUCAAACUGCAGCUUUCUCUGUUGUAUUUUA